AUGGCGCCGACGCUGCCUCGGCUGCCCGUCUUUGAGGCGAUUGCCAAGCACGACCCUGCGUCGACCGUGGUCGUCCACUCACAUUCUGGCCGUCGUUUCCGCUAUGGCGAGCUGCUCGGUGACGUUCGCAGGGCCCGGGACCAGAUGAUCGAGGCCGCCGGCCAGACGGACGACCUCAACGGCGAGCGCGUGGCCUUUAUGGUCGAAAACAGCUACGACUAUGUUGUCACCCUUCUCGCUAUCCUGGCCGCACGGGCCGUUGCCGUCCCGCUGUCGCCCUCAUUUCCUAUCCCCGAACUGCAGUAUAUCGUGGACCACAGCGAGGCGCUGCUUGUCGUGUCGUCGGCAAAGUUCGAUGCCAAGGCCAAGGAGUUGCUGGCCUCCGAGCUCCUGUCCAAGCCAACCCACGUGGCAUUGGCCAAGCACCUCGGUGGCGGUGCGUACGAGAAGGUUGAGCUCGACGAGCAUGUGGACGCCGGCGAUGCCGGCCUGAUGCUGUACACCUCAGGCACGACCAACCGGCCGGCCCAGUCGCUCAACAAGGCAUGGGAGUACUCGCCAACUGAUCAUCUGCUGCAUGUGCUGCCGCUGCACCACAUCCACGGUACCAUCAACGCCCUCUACGCCCCGCUGUUCUCCGGAAGCUCCGUCGAGUUUCUCUUCCCAUUCAAUGCCGAUGCCGUAUGGAAGCGGUUUGCCGCGCCGUUUCUGCCAGAGACGGAGGAGCAGAGGAAGGGCACCACAAUGCCCCAGAAGGAGAUUGUCACGUUCUUUACCGUUGUUCCCACUGUCUAUAGCCGCCUGCUUGCCUCGCACAAGGAGCUGAGCCCCGGGAUGCAAGCGGCCACGCGCGAGGCCAUCUCGCCGGCCAACUUGCGCCUCAACAUCUCCGGCUCAGCCGCCCUGCCCACACCCGUCAAGAAGGCGUGGUCCGACCUGUCGCGUGGCAACGUGCUACUGGAACGGUUCGGCAUGACCGAAGUCGGCAUGGCCCUCUCGUGCGGCCUGAACAUGGCCCACCGCGUCGACGGAAGCGUCGGUUGGCCGCUGCCGUCGGUCGAGGCGCGUCUUGUCGACGUGGACAGUGGCGCAGUCAUUGCGCCUGGCGAGACGGUCGACAGCGAGGGCCGGGAGCGUGCCGGCGAGAUCCAGCUGCGCGGCCCCACCAUCUUUGCCGAGUACUGGCGCAAUCCGACGGCAACGGCCAGCGAGUUUGCGCCGGCCGCCGAGGGGGACGCCAACACGACACCGUGGUUCAAGACGGGCGACGUGGCUGUGCGGCGUACGGUCGAUGGUGUAGACACUGCCGCCGCCGCCGCCGCCACGCCAUCCCAAGACUGGACGGGCGACCGCAGCAUGUACUUUAUCCUCGGCCGCAAGAGCGCCGACAUCAUCAAGUCGGGCGGCGAGAAGGUGUCGGCGCUCGAGAUUGAGCGCGAGCUGCUGUCGCUGCCCGUCGUGGCCGAGGCAGCCGUCGUGGCGGUGCCGUCGGGCAAGUGGGGCCAGAAGGUCGGCGCCGUGGUUGUGCUGCAGUCCAAGGGCGAGCACGCGACAACCAAGUGGUCUGUUAUGGACAUGCGGCGCGCGCUCAAGAGCCGGCUGGUCAACUACAAGAUCCCGCAGCUGCUGCGCGUGGUGGAGUCCAUCCCGCGCAACGCCAUGGGCAAAAUCAACAAGAAGCAGCUCGUGGCGCAGGUAUUUGUGGACGACUUUAGCGGAGACGAAGCGACGACACCGGCACCCGCAGCCAAGGUGAAGACGGCCCUCAAAAGGGAACCAACUGCUGCCACAGAAGCAGCACCGUCCACGGAAGAGGAGUCGCCGUCGAAGCGGCAGAAGGUGUAG